GGAUGAUGUCAUCCAUUUUGUUAGUUUGUCCACAUUGAGGUAAAAGCUAGUCAACUGUCCGGCCGAGCUUCCUACUGAAGGGUGGUUCUCAAUUACCUAAUUAGCCAGCCUGCCUUACAGGUGUGACUGCUUAGUAUGAUCUGGUGCAGGUUGUCUUGAAUGUCUAAAAUAAGAUUUGAGCGCUGGCUCAUAUGAAUCCGAAAUUACACAGCUAUUUUGUGAGGAUCAAACUUUGAGAAUCUUGACUUUUCUCCAUGGCAAGUGUCUCUCAUUGUGUCAUUAUUUAAGUACAGUUUAAAAAAAAAUGGGGAAAACUAAAACCAAAGCUCAAGACACAAGGAUUUCAAACUGUUUGGGUCGAGACCUGAUUCAGUAAUGAAUCCUGGCCUGAAUACAGCAGAGAGUUGUUGACAAAGAAGGAAUGAAAUGCGUCCGUAUGGCCUAAGGCGGAGUAUUCGAUGUCCAAAGAAAUAUGGGGAGACUAUUAAAGAGAGGAACUACACGUUGGCCCCAAGUUAUGAUCUGGACCUCCUGUGUGAGCCGAGUGAAGCAGACCCCCAGAAGCCCCUGGAUGACCGGUACAUAAGGAAUGUUGCCGUUCUUCCGGAUUUCAAACCGCCCCACAGCGACGGGGGCCUCGCUGCUAAAGAAAAGCCCCCGAGCAGCUCGUCAGUCAGCCAGCCGGAACCGCUGGUGAUUCACGGCUUCACGGUGCCAGAGUACCAGCGGACGUAUCAUUCGGUGGUGGACCCCCUGCUCUUAACGCCUUGCGGGAAGCUUGCGGCCUACAGCCUGGAGCUGGGCAGGAACAUUAAAGAGCAUCUGUUUGAAGAGCUGGCCUACCCUACGCUGCAGAUUUCAGAGCAGCCAAAUGGAAAGAUGGAGCUGAGGGAGAGAUUUUGUGUUCUCCGCCCGACACCUUUCAUAGCUAUAGAAUGUAAUGGGACACCAAAGUCAUUUUCUCCCACAAACUUUCUAUAAUCCUGCAAUAUUCAUUAUUUAUGUCUCUUGGCACUUUUCAUUUUACUUAAUGUAGCAGCUGGAAUCAUAUUUGAAAUCUCUGUUAAAAAAGAUAAUAUGGAAAAUAUUUCACAUUGGUGAAAAAAAGCUCCUUUAUGAAUAAUUAAAAAGAAAACAGAAUUGUGCGAAACAUACAAAGCCAAAAUGAAUACUGUCUUUUUAAUUGGGUUGUGUAUCUCCCACAGUGGCCGAGUGCUCAGUAUAUCUUUUUUUUCUUUUUGUAAGAUCACCGCCUGUUCAACAGGGCACAUGUUAGAUGCCUCCAAAGCACAACUGCUUUCUAAGACUUGUGCAUUAAAAUCAUUAAAAACGAGACAAUGGAAGCUUCUUCUUACAGGCUUCUUAUGUAACAUCUUCAGAAUUAUCAUGUAUAUUAAUGUAAAUGUUCAUUUUUUACAUGUGUGUACAUUUCAAAUGAAAUAAUUUAACUCUAAAUCUUUGACUUAUCAUGUUUUGCCCCAUUGUGAUCUUACA